CACAUAACACAAGUCGAUACACUACGAAUGAGUCGACCAUUCUCGAUCGACGUUGAGAAGGACUAGAGAAAAACCAUUGCAAUUGUCAACCAAAGCACAGAAGAAACAGCAAUAGUUGGAUAUGCAUCAGAAACCCUCAUCGAAGCCGCUCUCGCAGAUUUAACUCUCAUUUCAACAAUGGCCGAAAGACCUGUGAUGUAUCUAGAGCAGGAGGAUUGGUCUCCUAGAUACCAAGAUACAUUUUAUACAGUACGAUUGGAUGAUUUCCAGCGGUUCGCGUCGACGCCAAAAACUGCGACUUCCAACAAUGAUAGUGAUUCAUUGCCAUCUAGUACCCUUGGUGGUAAGACAAAUUUUCCUGCCUAUUAUUACAAGAUCCAGAUUUUUUGUGGACGACACGACCCCAAGGUAGUCUUUCGGCGUUAUUCUCAAUUCAAGUGGUUGUACCAGAAUAUCCCACUAUCCACUACAGGUGGCGAUCCAAGCGAGGAACCGAUCCAAUUCCCCCCUGGAAACGGAUGCCUUUGUUCCCAGAACGAUGACUUUGCCAAAAACCGAACGGAACAGCUGCGGGAAUUUCUGAACGAGGCACUGGUUCGUAGGGAUGUGGCGAGGGAUGAGGCAGUUGCCCAAUUCCUAGAACUAGACAGCUUUGUGAAGACGGAAAAGAGCUAAGCGAGAAAAUAGAAUAGCUCGAUGUUGUGAUCCGAACGAUCGUCCAUUCGGAACAGAUAGUAUUUCGCCAAUAUUGGGUUUCGUAAAUUUUAAAUGGGUUGUCCUGUCGAAGGAAUGAUGUGUGAAUAACAGUGAAAAAGAAAACAUUGUCGAAGGAGAUAAAUGCGGUAGAGUUUGGCAAUUUUGGGAUCAUCAUUCUUGGUUGUUUCUCAGGUUCAUGAGCUGGAAAAAUAAAUUUCUGAUACGAAAACUGAUGCUAAAAUAGAAAGUUGAGAGGAAAGCUUACUGAACUCCUCUAGUUGCUAAAUGUAAUGAAUGAUGAGAGAAGCAUCUAUUCGUGAAACUUCAUACGGAAGCGCAUGUAACAGAAGUUUGAAUCAUAUUUCCACCACAACUGGCUAUUUGGACGAAAACUAUGAUAGGAUAGAGCGUCGAAUUGCAAAGGGGCAGUGAUCGGGAAGAGAAACAAACUACAUAUCUUUGAUUCUGAAGGCUUUUUGGUAUAGGUACCAGUUUGAAAACACGUCAAAGAUAGGGUCAUUCAUAAGAC